AUGGAGUCAAGGCGCGUUGUGGGCGGCAUGGCAUCUGGUGUUAGGAAUGAUGCUGAAGUUCCUGAAGCGUUGAAGAAAGAUAUCAGUGGUACUUGGGUUGAUCAUCCUCUCGUCAUUGUUUGCGUCAAUCUUAACUUGUUUGGUUUUCUUCGCUUCGUAGACGAGCUGAACGAGUUGUUGGACAAGAUGAAGGUAAUCUACGUCCAAGUUCGUGCAAAGCGAUCACGUGAUGACGUAGCGGAAGCUGAAAAGAUGCUUCAAAAAACGUUAUCUCCAACAUCAGAGUUACAAGAACAAUUGGGUCCAUUAACUGUUGGGCAGCGUGAACGUCUUGAGAAAUUUCUACAGUUAAUUCGAAGUGAUUACGUUGCGGAAGCAGAAUUGCAGGGGAUGGAACGUGAAGGAACGAAAUGCGUGCUAAGUUCGAAGAUCGACGAGGAAACUGACCGUUUAAAUCGGGCUCAAGACUUGAAAUUGUGCGCAGAGCAGAUAUUGGAAACAGCAUUCGAUAAGACUUUGAUUGUUGAUUCAGCGGAUUUGAAUGCUGGAAUAGGGGCCGGCAGACGUUAUUUUGUUGAAGGGAUUUCGUAUGUUCAGAGAGUGAUAGAUGGAUUGACUGUCUUGUCAUUUCGAGAUGCUGAAUUGGUUCUUGGGCCACGCGAUGCUUUACUGAGGUGUUGGGAGGCUGAUACGAAGUUGAAUCAGAUUAAACCUCCAACUUGUCAUGCUGGCUUUAACGCUGAAAUUUUGACCGGUUCAGUAGUGGAUAGUUGUUCCAACUUGGCUGUCGGUUUGAUUGAUGAUGAUACGGCGUUUUCUGACGAGGUUUUAAGUGAUGAUGAACUUUUACGCGUUUUUCGUCCUACUCGUUUUAUACCAACGGAUAUAUUGUCGUAUUCCCGAAAGGCUGUUCAAGCAAUGAAAAUCACGCCGCAGUUGUUGAACAAAUUGGGUGGCUGGAAGAUUCCACUGCCGAUCCCGGGUUGCGUUGCCGAGGAUUACGAUUUUAACACCGAUGAUUACGCGCCAGUUGAUGAAGAACUUAUUGAGAAUUCGGAGUUUCCUGCGGUAAUGAUCUUGGGUACCUCAAUGGUUUCUACUUUUAAUCUGACACGAUAUCGUCGUUGUCUUAAAACUCGCGUCCAUUCUCCGCAACGAGUUCGCUACCCGUGUCCUAAUUACGCCUACUUGACAAAGGGCAUGAAUGUAUCCAUAAGCGGUUGGAGUUUUGUAACGCGGAAGAAUCAUCUGGAGAUGCCGGAUUUGCGUAAAGUGAUCUGGAAGGGUCUUCGUUUGGGCCCUAAGUUUGCUUUUUCUCAAAUCUACUUGCGUGGAGGCACUAACGACAUAAAACAACUGUGCACGUAUAAGAACUUUAAUCCACGCCUGGCUAAUUUUGGUCUUUUCUUUUCUAAAUAUGAGUCGUAUAUUCGGGAAAUUGUGACUGAAUUUCGGUGCAGCGUUUUUGCUCUUGGAGCUUCACCGCCUGCACCUCAACCUUUAUUGGAUAGUCUGCAAAGCGCUAUUUUGGAAGCGGAUAAGGAUGGUAUGCCGUUGAUUCCAUUACGAUCUGAUGGGAAUGUUAACGUGGACAAAGAGGCGCGAGAACGUGCUGCUCGGGCUUAUCAAAGGAUGUUGUAUCUUCGUCUAAAGCAAGUUGAAGGGACAAAGUUUGUUGUUAAUAAGGAGCAACUCUUAUUCUGGAUGUCGCUGCCAACUCCUAUUGAGGCGUUGAGUGCAUACAGUCGAGGGCGGGGUCAUUUGGAUGAUUUUGGUCAUCUUCUGCAAACGGCUUCGUUAAUCUUCGCAAAGUAUCAUUGUUUGGCAAUAUGGAGAGGUAUUAGGUGUCUGCCAGGUUAUGGGAACAUGAUUGGUAGGGGCUGCUCAGGAGGAUGCCCUAUCUUUCUGGAUGAUGGGUCAAUUCAAGAAGGUAUUAUCCCGGAAGUAGCUCAUCAGCAUUCGGGAAGUUUUGGACCUGUUAUAAACUGCAUUGGGCCUCUGCUCACUGGUGUGAAAUGGGAUUCUCUUGAACUUGGAAAGUACGAUUAUGACGAAUGUUUCACUACGGAUGUGGCGUUGUCAUCUAGCGAUUCUUCCCGAACCUUGGAGGUGGGGGAUAUUGUAAAGAUUCGCGAUGUUCCUGGAUUUCGGAUAAUAGUGUCGCGUUCCGCAGCUGGUGUAUGGUCUGUUGGGUUGAAUGGGCGCUUGUUUAGCAAAUUGCAAGAUGUCUCCCCAGCUAUUGGGGUUUUUUCUUGUUAAAUGGUUUCAGUCGAUGAAAUGUUAAGAAUUGUUUUACGAGAAUUUGUGAUUGAUUAAUGGUAUCAUUUUAAGUUUUUUGAACGGGUAAUCUGGUGAUGUUAUGAACUCUGUUUGAGGGAAAAAGAAGAAAAUCGUGUUAACUGUUUUUCAUAUUCGGGUAAAUUGUUUUGAAGUUCCCCUUUUUUUUUUUUAUUCGUUAUGGAAUGUGUUUCAAGAGCUUUUGUUGUCACUAUUCUCGUUGAUCCGAAUAAUGAAUUUGUUUAUCGCACA